CCAGUUUUUAUGCUACUGCUACACUCCCAACCGGUUUUCAUCCUGAUAACUUACAGCGAAUUUCGUGUCUCGCUGUCUCGUGGGUCUGCUUUUGGUCGCCGGAUCGGGCCUCACAGUUCCAGCAUAAAUAAAAUUGCACUUUGCCUGCACGGAUCGCGCACGAUUUGAAGUAGUAGUAUUCCUUGGUUUCCUAAUCACCCUAGCAGGAGGAUCAGGAGCAGGAGCCAGGCGAGCAGGGGCCUGUUGACAGUGUCAUAUGCCCGGCGGUCGGUGCAGCGAAAUGUAAGGAACGUUUAAAAACAAACUACGAAAAAAAAGGCCUUGUAACUAAAAAAAAUAAAAUUAAUAAAAGAAAAAUAAAUAAAACUAAUCAAGUGCGCCCCACCCCGCCUAAGAAAAAAAACCUGACAUGAUGAACUUCUCGGCGUUUGGCGGCCCCUUCUCCGGCAUCCAUCAGUUUGCCGCUAAAUUUGAUGCCCAGACGCCCGGCGCCUUUGGCACGCCCCCCGGCUCGGCCGCCUCCGCGGCGAAUGCAGCAGCCGCAGCGGCAGCGGCCGGCACCGAUAACCAUGUGCAGCGCUAUCAGACCAACGGCAAUCACUUUAAUCAGAAUGUGCCCAACGUUUCGGCUGCCAACAAUAUGCAAUAUGGCCAGAAUAUAUCCAUACCGUACUCCUCGCAGCCCCAGGGCGAUCUGAACUUUCUCAACGCAGCCGAUCAUAAGGGUAAAAUCCAUCCAAAAAUCGAACGUGACCGGGAAGAAGUUCUCAACCAGCAGCUCCUGCAGAAUGUCAACCAAUCCUGGCAGACGCUGGCCAACACAGCCAACACGGUGGACUACUCGUCCCACCUGCUCUCCGCCACACUGCCCAUCUCCAUACAGCACUUCCUCAAGUACUCCGAGACCAUCAAGAAGGAGUCCUCCAGCGAUGUCCUGAAGAAUGGCACCAAUCUGGCCAGCCUGGCGCUGGGGGGCGUGGCCCUGACGCCCAGCAAUAACGGUGCCAAUGGCGGCCACCACAACGGACUGGUGGGCAUGGAGCACGGCGGCCAUAUGACCAAUAUGACGGACGCCAACGGAGCGGCGCUCACAAAUGGAGCCACCAACGGUGUCAAUGGGAAUGCCAAUGGAGCGGUCACCAAUGGAGCCGGAGCGGUGUCCAGCACCGCAUCCGUGGGCACCACGAACGCCAGCGGGGGAACGGGCACGGCCAGCGGCAAGAAGACCAAAAAGAAGAAACCACCAAAGGAGAAGAAGCCACGCCCCAAGCCCGGCGAGAUCCGUGAGACGAAGGCGCUGGACGGCUCGACACUAUACUGCUGCCCGGAGUGCCAGAUGGCAUAUCCGGAUAGGAGCCUCAUCGAGCAGCAUGUCAUCUCGCAUGCCGUGGAGCGGCGGUUCGUCUGUGACAUUUGUAAUGCGGCGUUGAAGCGCAAGGAUCACCUGACCAGGCACAAGCUCUCCCACAUACCGGACAGGCCGCAUGUGUGCAAUAUCUGCAUGAAAUCGUUCAAACGCAAAGAGCAGCUAACUCUGCACAUUGUCAUCCAUUCCGGCGAGAAAAAGCAUGUUUGCAUUGAAUGUGGAAAAGGUUUCUAUCGCAAGGAUCACUUGCGCAAGCACACGCGCUCCCACAUCGCCCGGCGCGUCAAGUCCGAAGUUUCGGCGCAAAACGUGAACGGAUCCGGAGGUGGUGGCGGUGGCGGCGGCGGUGGAGCCGGUGCCAACAACAGUGCGCAGAGCAAUACGCUGCACGGUUCCUGAGGAUCGUACAAGGACUUCUGGUAAACUCCCAGACGAAUUUCAAGCCAAUAAGGCAUCCGGACUGUUGACGGCAGCGGGCAGUUAGAUUGCCCGCCAUCGGGAGCAGACUGGAGGCCUUUGAAAUUCGCUGGGGGCUUACCGGGGGUCCUGCUGAGCGUCACCCAAACUCCAAUUACAAUAACCCUCUAAAAAAAAAAACAGAAUAAUGAAGAAGAAUAAGAAAAAGAUACUUACAGGAUGCAAGUAUUAGUACGAUUUUGUUCACGACACUUUCAGUUCUUUAGCUUUAGUUCUUUCAGUUGAGAUUUUCGCACAAAAAACAAACAGAGUCGCAGAGCAAAAAGUAUAUAGCAAUCGAAAUGUACAAAUCAUCAGAAACAGAAUCAGAAUCAGUAGCAGAGAAUGACAGAUUCAAAUUCGUGUUUAGUAUGCGCAUAUGUUAAGGACAAGAGUCUCGUUUGGGUAUCUGUGAUCUGCGUAGUCGCUGAAUAAACAAAUCGAGAUGAUCGAGGGCGAUCGAGAUCGAGAGCUGUUCUAAGAAUCAGUUAAUGUCUGCAACCGAUAAAUACUACAUAUACAUAUAUUUGUGCAAUUUUAUGAAAGAAACCAUUUUGAUUUGCCUUUUUGUUCAUUACAUUAAAUUUAAUGAAAUUAUAUUACAUUACAUAACAUAAAACAUUAAAUGAUAAAUGUGAAUUCGAAUUGAAUUACGCGCACUAUGAAGCAUUUUUAAGGAGAAGUAAGGAGAGCUCUAAAAGCGAAAUUUAUACUUCUAGUCUUGUAUUUUAUUUUUACCGAUAGGCAUACAUAGAGCGGAGGUCGUCAUGUGUAAACUUAAGCUUUUAAAAAAAAAACUUGAAUGUUCAAAAAAUGAGAAUCCAGAAGUAAAAAAAAAAACACACUAAACAGAAAGAAUGCAAUACGAAACUUGCAUCUUUGCAGGCCCAAACUUCCAGCCAUCGUCAUUGUUUGCAACUGCAAUAUCUAUACAAUAUCUAUAUCCAGCUUACCAAUCAAUAACUGAUAACCACAAAUAGCGUUAAGAGCCACACACACAGAAUAUACAGCAGAAGCAGAAGCAGCAGCAGCAGAUACAAGAUAGUAGCUACAAGAUAGCAGAUAGCACGCACGGGUCAGCUAUGAGAAUCCAAAUAGAAAUCGCUAACCGAUAACCGAUAACGGAUAACCGAUAACCGAUAACCAGAAACAGCAACAGCAACAAUAACCGAGACACAACUGUAUAAAAGGAUAUUUUUUAUAUAUAUAAAUACAAAAAAUUAAAGAAAGCAGAGAGAGCGUAUGAAAACCGAAUAGGAAUAUAAAAGGCAUAAAACAAUAACCGAAAUAAAGUGCAAACACUUCGAGCAAGUGACAAAGUAAUCAACUGUUCAAAUACAAAGCAUUUUGAGAUUAACGAUUUAAAGUACACGACAUACUUACAUAGCAAUGCAUACUUGUAUAGUUAUACGAAGCUUCAAACUAAAUACGCUAGCAUUACACAGAUAGAGAUACACAGAUACAGAUUCACUGGAUCUGUAUCUGUAACCCCACAACCCAUUGUAACUCGACUCACAAAUGGCCCACUGAGCUCAAACUUGGCCAGAUCCAAGUUCGAGCCAGAGUGACAUUAUAUUUUUCAGAUUUCUUUUCGGCAUAAUCUCUCGAAAAACAAGUACUUUUCAAGUUCGGGUUAACAAGUAGAAGGACAGUACAGAAUGUAAUUGAAACACUUGCAGUGAAGUACAAAUAUUUUAAACGACAGCAGCAAAGCCAUUAUUAGCCAAAAAUCGAAAAGAAAAACUACGCAAAUCUUAAUACAGUUACUACAUUAGAGGGUAGCCUCUCACAUAUACUUAACGCGUUUUUUGGCCCCCAAAAACAAGAAGAAUUAAGGUGAACAGCUCUAAUCACGUAGGUGACGAACCGCAUAAAUAAUUAAGGGAACCUUCACACCACAACAAGGACUUAUUAUUUUUGCCACUGAUUUUCUAGGUCUCUCAGCCACUCUCUCUCUCACACACACUCUCGACACACUUAAAUGGAAUAAGAAUAUAUAAAACAAUAAGUUUAUAAAGAAAAAGUUGCAAUAAAUGACAAACAAAUGAAAUUAAAUCACUCAGGGAUAAAGCCUCCAAAAGAAAAACAUAAAAUAAAAAAAAAAUGCAAUAUUUUAAACGAAAUGAAAAAAGAUUAAGAACAAAAAAGAAAAGAAAAACAAAAGUUUAAUCUAAAGAGAAAGUAAAUUUUAAAGUUAAAAAAAAAGAAAAACAAAACAAAUAUUUUAGUAUAAUACGAGAUGGAAAAAAUAAAAAAAAAAACGUUUUAGAAAUUUGCACAAAUUUUUGGGAUUUUAUAAAAGCAAAAAACAAACCAUCAUCAAGCAUAAAAAAAAGCAUCAAACUCGAAUAAAUUAAUGACGAAAUAGGAACAUACAUAUUUUCUCACAUUUCAUUGGCUUAGCGAAGGUAUAAAUCGACAGGAUAUCAAAGGAUAUAAAAAAAACAAUAAACAAACCGAACAACCGAAUUCAUAGACAAACGGUCCGUGCAACUUUUAGUGCAUUUAAAAUAAUAAUUAAUUUAUUUAAAAAACCGAAACCCCACAAACAGAAACAAAGAAAGUAAGCGGAGGUCUGCGGCCAAAGAUCAAGUAAAAAUUGUAGUUAGAAGGUCAAAGGUCAAUAAGAAAAUAAAACAAUAACUACAAAACAGAUUAGGGGCGCAUAACAAGAUACACCUUUUUUUAUAUUUAAAAAAAAAAAACAAGUUUCGAAACUGUACGUAUUGAAUUUAUGUUUAGUGUCUGCAGCAUGCAAGGAUGUGAAAUGAAGGAUAUGAAGUUCGAUCUAAUGGAGCGAGGAGCAAGGAGCUAAAUACAUUUUAGGGUUAGGGAUUUUCUGCGAAAGGACUGAAGUUAAGGCAACGUAGCGUUAAAUGCAAAAUUGAUUUGAAAGAUACCGAGUGUUAUGGAUAAUGGAGCGUGCGCGAAUGCGAUUGGUGACGAAAAUUACUUGUUUAAGGCUGGACUUAUGUAAUUUCAAGCAAAAACGAUAGUAGCAAAAACAAAAACAAAAACAAAAAAAACAUGUAAAAUGCAGAUACAAUAUUUUUAUAAUUAAACAAAAAACAAACCCCCUCCCCAAAAACCCCUGAUCUUACUAUGUUUAAUUCAACUGCAAUUAUCGUUAAAGACGUAUUUACUGUUUGUGAUCCAAAAAUUCAUUGAUUAAACUUAAAAAAUAACAAAUCACAAAGAUACAAUUGUUGCAUGGGCAUGGUUUGAAGUAAAAAAAAAACAAAAAAAGUCAGGGUUCGCACUCCCCCACAAAGUACUCGACUCGAUUCCCGGGUCUAUAAGUUCGCGAAUCUACAAUCGCGAUCCGAUAAAUACGAUUCAUAAAGCCAGGUUUAAAACCGGGAUGCCAUAUGACGCUGGGCAUUCGGGGAGUACUUUUGGGGCCAGUGCGAACCUUUAGAAAUAGAGCAGGAACAGUAAAUUGUACUUAAUUGAAGGAAAACAUGAAAAAAAAUGAUAUAAUAAAACACCGCCACUUUGAAAUAUAUUUACUUGAAUCAAAUAAUAUUAAUGAGUAUAUAUAACUUUGUACUUGAAUAAUAUUUUAUUUAUAUAUACCUUAAGUCAAUAAAAAUUCUAAUAAAUUAUAAUCACCCAAAAAUGCAUUUUUCAAAUAUUUAAUAUGAAAAUAAAAUGAUAUGCCAUGGUUUGGGGAAAUUUUGAGAUAAAUUUAAUUCAGUUUUUCUUAUUUGAUAAAAAAUAUUGAUAUUUUUAUAUAUAUGUUAAAGUUUUUAUGGGAAAAAUCUUUGGAAGCAGAAUAGAUUCUAUUGUAUAUUAAACAUUUUUAGCUUAUUUUCCAAAUAAUUUUUUAAAGUAAAAGCUAUUUCCAACUAGAAAAGGCUUAAACCGGAAGUCCUGCACAAUAAGAAUUGUGCGGGAAACAACAAAUUUAAAUUAAGCGACCUUAUUCAACACUGUUUUCAAUGCAACUAGGAGAGUUGCCACAUUGUUUCAUCGAUAACCACACUAUUGUGAAUGAACAACCAAUAAAGGAAUUACAUUUUUUAUAUUUUUUAAUUAUAUAGCCCAGAUUAAAUUAGAUUUUAAAUUAUCUUUUAUUUAAUGAAAUUAUACUUCAGUCUUUAAUUGUUUUGGAUGGAGUUUGGAUGUCAACUACACAACAUAUCCUUUUCAAAUAGCAUUGAUUUGGUUUGUACUUUAUGUUCAGUGGACUUUAGAAAACAUUAAAUAAAAUUAUAAGCUUUUUUAUAUAACUUAAUUUUUCUAAAUUAAGCUUUUUUUUUCAAAAUCAAUCGUCAAAAUAGUCGGCAGAAAAAAGCUAAGUCGAUAUCAGACGUGGCAACCCUGCCCGAAAUGCAACUCUGUGUGAUAAGAGGAAGAGCGACCCAUCGACUACGACGAUGUUUGUGGGACCUUCGUCAUUCGUCGGAAUCAUCUUCGAAGCGUUGAAAAUGGAUCGGUAGCUGGGAGAGAAACUUAAAGCGAAAUACGCAAAGAAAACGGCUUUUGUCCGCUAUUUCAGCGAUUUUUUUUGUGUUGUAAUCAGCAGAGGAAAUUUUAACAACGACCAAUCCAAUCCACUAAACUACCAGUCACUUCCUACAGCAAUUUGCAACAGAAAAAUAGAAUUACCCUGCACCAGCACCAGCACUACUACUACCACAACAGCUACAGCUACAGAAACUAAAAAAAAUAAAACUACCACAUAGCCGAGCCCACAAAGGAAAGGUGAAACGCAAAAA